AAAACAUGUUGCAAUAAGAUCAUGCGCAAUAAACCAGAGAAAAGGCAGGUUGUAAUGUUGUUUUUUUGUGUUGUUGUUGUCGACACUGUGAGACAGCUAAACUUUUAAAACAACGCGUGUGUCACACUUCAGCCCGUGAGAGAAGAAGCAUCGUGCGGGUGGCAGAAAUGUGAAGGUUUCACUUUUAACCGAUUGACGCUGGGAAAUUAAUGCAAGAGGUCACGGGCGCUUCCUGGUCUUUUGGACUCCAGAGAAAUUUAAAGUGUCGCUCAGAAACUUCAGUCAGCGCUGCAAACCGGCAGAAAUGGAUCACGUACGACCGCAAGACCCACAGGAAAGCAAGGGCUCAGUGUCGCGGUACAGGGAACACGGGGAUGAGCCUUCGGACAAGAGGUCUGCUGACAGAGCUUUGUCUCCCUCUCAGGAUGAAAAGAGGCCAAUCAGGAGGGUGCGAAGUCCGUCCAGACCAAGGGCAUGGCUGUCCAGUUCUUACAAACCAAAGUUAGUAGGACGAUUCUACAAGCCUCGUUUUCCCAGGGACGACUAUUCAUUCUACAAACCUGGCUUUGGCAGCCACAGGCACCACCACUUCGGCCCCCGGGUUUAUAUGCACCGGAAAGAUCACUUCCCGCCUAAGUUUCACCACAUCACGUUGAAAAGGAGGGAGGACGAGCGAGAGGUGAAGAAGGAGCGGUACGAGCAGAGGGAGAGCGCUGAGGGAGGUUCACCCCCAAAACAAAGCAGCACAACUAAACCUUUCUUAGCCAGGUCCACUUCCAGCAGAGACAAGGACAUGACGUUCACUGUUUGUCAGAGCGACAGGAACCAAAGCAGGGAGAGAGAUCACAAGGGGACCAAAAGCAAAGACAGAGAACGAAGCAGAGACAGGGAGCUCCCUUCAACUGUGAGCCAGACGGCAGCACGAGACAGAGCCAUCCAACAGAAGAGGAGAGAGAUAGAUGAGGUGUACUAUCAGGAAUGUGAAAUGUUUGGCCUCGUAGUGAAGAUGCUGAUUGCGAAGGAUCCUUCCCUGGAGCACGCCAUCCAGUCCUCGCUGCAGGAGAACCUCAGGGACAUUGGCAAACGCUGUGUAGAGGCCAUGGAGAAAUUCAUCGACGACUACGACUCCAGGGAGCUGUCGCAUUAAUCAGGCGCACGGUCCCGCCUGUCUUCUAAGCAUUUUUUUUUCACUUCUUGGUUAGACUUUGAUUGAACCUUGCUUUUGUGUUUUCCCUCGUUGUGAUAAUCUUGUAUAUUCAUGCCUGCUGCCUGGACCAAAUCUUCUCUGUGCUCAGGCUAAUGCUGAACACUGAGCAUCACUGGUGAAGAAUGAAAAGGAAAUUUUGAAUAUUUUAUAUUGUUUCUAAUUUUUAAAAAGAUGUGAUGACAACAAAAAUGAAUACACUGGUUGUAUUGCUUUAAAUGUUCUUAUGAAGACCUCCGAAAUGUAUAGUAUUUUGAUGUUUGCAAUAAUUAAACAUUGUUUACAACA